CCACUUUAUCUCUCAGUCACCCACCCACUUUCUUCUCUCUCACUUCUACGUUCCCACUCUACCUCUCUCUCAGUCACCCAUCGACUUUCCUUUCUCUCACUCAGCUACCUUUUCUCUCACUAUAUCUAAGACGUCAAAUGUACUGCUUCUCUCAUUGUAAUAAAAUUCAAACAAACCCUUAAAAGAAAGAGCAAAAACCUAGAUUUUUUUACAGCAGCUGAGAGUGAGAUCGAUGGCGAUACCGGAGCUUCCUAACGAUUUGGUAGAUGAGAUACUCUAUCGCGUUCCAGCCACAUCCCUGAAACGGUUACGAGCUACUUGCAAAAGAUGGAACCGUCUGUUCAAAGAAGAUAGGAAAUUCGCGAGUGAGCACCGGGAUAAAGCCGCAAAGGAGUUUCUAUUUCUCAUCAGGACAGGGAAGUACAGGAUUUGUCCGUUGAGCAUAACCAAUCUUCCAUCUGUAGAGGUAAAAAGAGAGCUUAAUUCCGUUCACAAUUCACGUCUAUUCGGUAUGAACCAAGUCUCUCACUGCGACGGCUUAUUGUUAUGCGUCCGCGAUUUCAUCACCGGCCCCACCGCAUGCCAAUUUGACAUAGUGGUUUGGAACCCGUUUACUGGUCAAACCAGGUGGAUCGAAGCCGGCAAUCGUUGGGAGCCAUUCCUCACAUUUGUUCUCGGGUACAACAACAAGUCCUCCUUCAGUCAAAGAAGCUACAAAAUUUUGUGCUUUUGGCCUGCUGGCAAAGACACAGAAAUCUACGACCUUAACUCCUCUGGUUCGUGGAGGAGGACUCCUGAGGAUGGUGAUCUCACUCCACCAGGCUGGACCACCACUGUGAUGAGUGACGACUUCGUGUCUUUGAAGGGAAAUACUUACUUUUUGGCUCAGGAGAAAUCAAAACCGCAACUUGGAGAUUUGUCAUUGCUCAGAUUUGAUUUCUCUACUGAGAAAUCAUCUCUCUUUGUGCGUCUUCCCUAUCAGCGUCCAAGGUAUGAAAUUGUGAGACUUUCUGCUGUUAGGGACGAGAAACUUUCCUUGUUUUUACAGCCCGAUGCUACAUGCAAGACUGAGAUAUGGGUGACAAGUAAGAUUGAUGAUGACUCCACCAAAGCGGCGGUGUCCUGGAACAAGGUCUUUGCAUUGGAUUUGAGCCCUCAUCUUCAAAUUACUGCUCAGGUAAAGUUUCUGUUUGACGAGGAUAAUAAAGUCGCCGUGUGUUUUGAGAGAUGGAGGAAUGACUACGACAACCAGUGGAUCGACAAGAUAUUCAUUUUCGGGGAGGAUAAUCAAGUCAAUGAAUUUGGUUUUGAUCCGGUUGUCCCAUUUCAGACAGGACCUCCGCCAGUUCCUCUUAAUUACGUUCCAAGUUUGGUCCAAAUCGAGCUACCUGCUGAAGACUAAAAACAACCUCUACAAGAUGUGGUCUUGUAGUGUUUCUUGCUUGCUUGCUUGCUUUAAACACAGUUUUUUUUUUUAAGUAUUAUUAUGGUCUAAACAUGUCUCGUACAGCAUAUGUCUAACAAAUAAGUGUUAUGUCUUAAUUCUUAAACGAUACCUAGCCAUGUUAAGAUUCCAACAUGUUCAAGAGCUGGUUGGGUAGUAACUGUCCCAUCUAUUUCCAGAA